UUCAGCACUGGGAAGGAGACAGCUCCCUCCCCCAAUAAACCCAGCGCGCCUCACGUUGCAUGGGUCCCCGGUUAUUGAUAACACAAUUUGCCCGCUGGGAUCCAUCCCAGUAACGCGAAACUUGUGGAUACGGGGGACCGGGGGAACACGAGAGACAGCCCGGACCCGAGAAAAACAACGAUCUGCUCGCUCCCAGCGACCAAACAGAAAGCCGAGCCCACCCCUUCACUUGACAACGCGACAUCAAGCGGGCAGAAAGGCUUACUUCUCAUCUUCCCAUCCGCCAUCCACCCUGACCUGCCGUGUUGGGGAAACCCCUGAUGAGUGGGACCUGUAUCCAUGAGCCCCGUGCCCCUUCCCCCUCCCUGUCAGGCUUCAGCACCCCCAUCUCAGAGCCCCCCUAUCGAAGACUCGAUGGAGACACCCCUGCCUGCACCCCCGAGACGGACCUGACCCCCACACAGUGUGUCCUCCGUAACGUGCUGUCCAUCGACACGGGUGGACAGGUGGCGCCGGGCGGCAGCAGCCCCACUCCCAGCGAUGGACCCUCAGCCCACUUUGACAACAGCGUGCUAAAACUACAUGAACAUGAGGCCUGCCAGUGUGGCGGCGGGGCCGAGGCCGGGCACAGUCCUGAGGCUGGCGCUGUUCGGAGCCAGUCGGACAACAUUCGGCUACAAUCAGGAAGUGGAGGUUUUUUGGAGGGACUGUUUGGCUGCCUAAAGCCGGUCUGGACCAUGAUUGGAAAGGCCUACUCCACUGAACACAAACACAGCCACGAAGGUCUUCAUCUAGAGUCCUGGGAGGUUCCUUUUGAGGAAAUCUCGGACCUGCAGUGGGUGGGCAGCGGGGCACAGGGCGCCGUCUUCCUGGGCAAGUUCCACGGAGAAGACGUGGCGGUAAAGAAAGUGCGGGACAUCAAAGAGACCGAGAUCAAACACCUCCGCAAACUCAAGCACCCCAACAUCAUCACUUUCAAGGGCGUGUGCACCCAGGCUCCUUGUUACUGUAUCUUGAUGGAAUACUGUGCCCAAGGCCAACUGUACGAGGUGCUGAGGGCGGGCCGCAAAAUCACCCCCUCCCUUCUGGUUGACUGGUCAAUGGGCAUUGCAGGUGGCAUGAACUACCUCCACCUCCACAAAAUCAUCCAUCGGGACCUCAAGUCCCCCAACAUGCUGAUCACACACGACGACCUGGUGAAGAUCUCCGACUUCGGUACCUCAAAAGAGCUCAGCGACAAGAGCACCAAGAUGUCAUUCGCCGGCACCGUAGCCUGGAUGGCUCCUGAAGUGAUUCGGAAUGAGCCAGUGUCAGAAAAGGUGGACAUCUGGUCAUUCGGAGUGGUGUUGUGGGAGAUGCUAACCGGAGAGAUCCCUUAUAAAGACGUGGACUCAUCCGCCAUCAUCUGGGGUGUGGGAAACAACAGCCUUCAGCUGCCUGUACCUGAGAGCUGCCCUGAUGGCUUCAAGAUCCUCCUCAGACAGUGCUGGAACUGUAAGCCCAGGAACAGGCCCUCUUUCCGUCAGAUCCUCCUUCAUCUGGAUAUCGCAUCAGCUGAUGUGCUGUCCACUCCACAAGAGACAUACUUCAAGUCUCAGGCUGAAUGGCGAGAAGAGGUGAAACAGCACUUUGAGAAGAUUAAAUCUGAGGGUACUUGUCUCCACCGGCUCGACGAGGAGCUGAUCAAUCGGCGCAGAGAGGAGCUCAGGCAUGCUUUGGACAUUCGCGAGCACUAUGAGAGGAAACUGGAGAGGGCUAACAACCUUUACAUGGAGCUCAGCGCUGUCAUGCUGCAGCUGGAGCUCAAAGAGAAAGAGUUGCAGAGGAGAGAGCAGUCUCUGGAUAAGAAGUACCCGGGUUUGUUUAAGCACCACAGCUCCAGACAGAGCAGCUCCUCCAACACCAUGGACAAACUCAUCAAGAAGAGGAAUGUCCCACAGAAACUGCCCUCAGGAAAGAGGCCAGACAUCCUCAAGUCUGAGGUAAUCAUUCCCAAAAUGGACUCCUCCGUGAUGCAAGUCACUAUCCCAGCCUGCCCCAACAGAAGCUCCACUUCCCCCAGCCGGUCUCGGAGGGUAAAGACCCGCCAUCGCAAGCCCGGGAAAGGCAGUAGUGGGGACCUGGCUGGACUCAAGGCGAAUCAGUCCUCCCCUAACAGGGACUCAACUGCCCAGGCUAACAGUUCUACCAUUAACCCCUCCAAGCAGCUGCUGGAGCCCUCCGCAGCUCUGCGGGGCCUCAGCCAUGAGCAGCAGCAGAGGCAGCUAUCCUCCUCCAGCCCUGACCUCAUCUGCACCACGCUGGAGGCAGAGGGCCAGGGAAAAGGGGAGGACUCUGUGGGCGGCCUGGAGAGAGGGGGAAGCCUCAGUGCCUCUGCAGGGUUAGGGGGCUCGGAGGGGGGGGCAGCUGGUCUCGAUGAUCUCACAGAAACUCCUCCACGCAGUGACACGCCAAGCGAGGAUGCUGCAUCGUUCCCAUUCUCAAGCAGCCCAGACUCACCAUGUGGGAGGGGGGCGGCAGCGGGGCGGGGGUCUCUGGGAUCUCCACGACUGCCUCUUGAUGGGGAGGAUAAAGAGGAGGGAGCUGGUGCUGUGAGGUUGCCCCGGGGGGCAUCAGGGGGGAUUGGGAGUCAGCACCUCACUCCUUCAGCCAUCCUGUACCGGGCUGCCAUCACACGCAAACAGAGGCGUGGGGUGUCAUCAGAGGAGGAGGAGGGUGAAGUUGACAGUGAGGUUGAGUUGCCACGGAGACGACGUCCGACCAGCAUCACCAAGUGCCAGUCGGUCUCUACCUUCAGCUCAGAGAACCUGUCGGUGUCAGAUGGCGAGGAGGGCCACACAACCGACCACUCUCACAGCGGCACCCCGGACGUGGUCAGCACCAACACGGACGACAGGUUGGACGACCGCAGCGACGACCUCCUCUCUCAGGGGUCGGAGAUCCCGGCGGACAACACCGACCCUGCGCAGGCUUCUGACGGCCUGUCGGAGAGAGACGGAGGACUGGGCCAGGCCAAAGCUCAGCUGGACGCCGGGCAGAAUCCAAAUGAGAGUCGGGCCCUGUGUGACGACUCCGACUGCGACAGUGCUGAGCUGGAUCAGUCAGGUAGUGGAGAGCCCAGCCGUCCUCCCAGUGCCGGAGCGUGGGUGUCGCCGUCUCAGCCCUACCAGGGGUCUCCACAGGCGCCUCACACAGGACCUCCAUAGAUCACUGGACACUAACAGACCUCCAGUUACUCUACAGUGAACAACCAUCACAGGCGUACACCAAUCUGUCAGUGCAGUACAUUACUGUUGUCAUGAGGGAUCACACCUACUACACCACUCAGACUAUGACAAGUUGACUUAUGGUGUCUCAUAAGUUUGUUGGCUGGCAAACCUACAUCAGAUGACAUAGGACAUUUGUCAUAACCUGACAUCAGAUAUUUUGGCAGCUUGUGACAUCAGAUAAAUGUCAUUUAAGUUUCGUAGGGUUUUUUUUAAAAUCUUUUUUUUAGGCAAAACAGUUACCAAGGUAACCUUAGCCACUGCUCCAGUUCAGCAAAAACCCUUCCACAGAUGCACACGCACGCACAAGAUACCACACUCGUUGUCCUUUAAACACUCUAAUCCUCACUCUGGGAGCAUCCUCCAUGAUACUCCACACACUAAUGCAUCAAAUAUUAAUGAAUAAUAAUGUAAAUAUCCAUUACAUACCACAUGAGAAAUAUCUAACUUUAUUUUAUUUGUAAGAUAAAAAUGUAAGACUAAAUGGUAUGCAGCCCUGUGAACAAAUGCAUGAUUACAUGUUUAUAAUUUAUGGUUCGAAUGUGUCAGUUUUAUAUUUUGUGAAAGUUUACACUUUUUUAAUCCUGAAAGUAUUACUUCGGUUAUUUUAUUUUAUUUUUUUGUUAAUAAAUGUCAGCACUCAAGAAAAAAAAAAAGUCUAAAUGGAAUGAAAAUCUCACCAAGACAUCGAUCAUGAUGCAUAAUUAGGAUUCUCAGUAGGUAAUAUAUUAUUUUUUUUAACCCUACUACUGAGUUUCAAGUACACAUGAGACAUAAUUGAGGUUUUUUAUGGAGCUUAUCAAAUGUGUAAUAGGUUGGGAGACCUUUGAGUUCAUCCAAAAUGAAUGUCGAAUGUCUUUAAUUUGUCGGUUGUGCAUUGUGGUGUGUGUUCAUGGAAAUGAUCUCUGACACGAACUAGCCAUGAAAAUGAAGGACAUUCAUCUCAUCAACGAACACUGAUGGGAUGCUUUAGUAGAAGUUACUGUCAGGGUCAUGAUGGGCAUUUUCAAAAAAGGUUUGACAGGCCAGAAGCAGAAAUGCAGCUUAGACCAUAUUCACACAGCAGCCAUUUUCCUCAGGAUGGGGAGCUCAAAUGCUGAGAUAAUAUUACGCUGCUGUGUUCUAGCUUGCAAAGCUUUUUAACAUAGGGAAUCUGACAAAUUGUUAUUAUAUCUUCAAAUCUGAAAGCUUUCUGAUUGAUCAGUCACUGAAAAGUUCAUGAACCGUGAAAAUCUGAGGGGACACUGGACCGUAUUUCAAGCUAAAACAACAUAUUAGCUGUCCCGUUAGCCAACGUUAGCAAUUAUCCAUUUCCCAGCUAACAUCACCGUUUGAUCACAUCCAGUGUGUUUCACUCCCAGGCUUAGAUGAAUGUGUCCAAGAUGUAUGUCAAUAUUUUAGAAUUCAUUUACACCUUUCCUAAUGUGUCAUGGAACAAUAUCAAAGCUAGGAAGUGGCUGAAUGUAAAUAAUUAAUGAAUUAGCUGCUAGCUGCUUACCUUGAAGUAGGGCCAGCUGGCCUUCCAGAUGUUCACUAUCCAUCAUCUUUUCGGAUCAAUGAGGAAGUGGUGAAAUGAUAAUGAUUGGUAAGGUUCCUGAUAUCAUUAAGACCUGAAACCUGGAACGCAGCAGUCCGCUACAACAACUGAGAUUUCCAAGCACAGCGUCAGAGGAAAAUGGCCACUGUGAGAAUAUUGUCUUCUUUUCUCCAUUCUCCUUUUCUUUGUUCUUUCAAAACCUGCCACCUACAUUUCCCACAAUGCAAUGUGUGCAAUGACAGCUGUGUCAAAAUUGGAGUGUUUUAUGCUAGUAGCAGCCAAUGUAGCCUCGAGCCGCUAGCCCGGCAGAUCUGAGGAGGAGCUAUAGAGGUCUGGUAGCUUCUUAACCUCUUUAACCUCACACUCCAAUAUGUUUUGGGUUUUUUUGUUUUUUUUUUAAUUUGUACUCUUUAGCCCCAACCGACGCUGACUCAGACUACAUAACUUGAAGCAGUUUAGCUGUGUAAAAACAAGAUUACGCUUGAUGCAACUGUUUCUGCACAUGCAGUAGUGCUCCCCACGGCCUGUAAAAUCUAUCGAGUUCCCCGUAAAGUAAUGAACCAAACGGACUCCUAAAGUUCACAAUGUUGAUAAGCUUCUGUAAAAAAACAAACAAAAAACAAACAAAAAAAAAAAGAAAAAAAAAAACCUCAACUGUUCCUUUUACCCUUUAAGAUAACUGCAGAAGUAGCCAGAUAAGGAAUAGAGCACUUCUCUGUGGUGGUUACCAGUAGAACAGUAAGUAUCCUUUGGGUUUGAAUAGAAAUGUUUUGUUUUUAUACAGCAUUGCACAUUGUACCUGUAACAUAGGAAUUAUAUCGAAAGCAAAAUAUUAUGAUCAACAAUAAAUAAUGUAUUGGUUAAAAAAAAA